UAUGGAAUUUACAGGGAUUUGUUGGCUUGAAAGCCUCCAACGGAACCUAAUCAUUAUCUGAUUAAAAUAUGCAAAUAUUAAGUAUAUUCGGUGAGGGAGUUCAUUUAGUACAUGUAUGUGGAUACCAUGACUGAGAAAAUAAAUGCAGAACAAUGUUGAGUAAGUUCUUGAACACACCACCAGAGGUCUUUUCAUCAGACCCUGUGAUUGGUUGGUGAGUAGUACGGUAUGUUUCAGACAGUAGGAAGUGAUAUGCUUCAUCAAUGCACUUCUGUUUGGUUAAUUCCCACACGGCAUCUUCCCUUGGUUGAUCUUGGGGCUACAGAUGGACACAGUAAUUCCAUGAAGUAAUGCUCUCUUCCGAAUGAACAGUCUGAUAUUUCGUGGAUAGAAAUGUUUUCCGGAGUUGUGUAUGGGCUACUCGCUGGCUUUCUUGGGGCUGUUGCCUCCACUUCAGCCAAACUGUCACUUGGCGCUGACUACCUGAAAGGUGUGUGUGAAACCGGUUUGAAAACCUGGGCUGGAGAAGACAGGAUGUUCCAGCAAGAAAAUGAAACUGCUCCAUGCGACUGGCUUCACAUCCCUUUACGGCUGCUGUGCGGGGGUCUGCUGUUCACCUGUAAUGCUGUGAUGUGGACCUUCUUCGCCAAAGCCCUCAGGCUCUCCUCGUCUUCUGCUCAGGCCACUGUCACCACCACUGCCUCCAACUUCAUAUCUUCAGCAUUCCUUGGGAGGCUGAUCUUUGGCGAGACCCACGCUGCUCUCUGGUGGGUCGGCAUCUCCCUCACCCUGUCAGGGCUGCUCAUUCUGCAUGGUUCCACAAACCGGGAAUCACAGACAGCCGUGGCCACAAAGAAUGACUGAGACCAUACUGUAUGUGAUGUGCUAUGAACGCACUGCCCUGUCCCUGUCCCUGUUGUUGACCAGUUGAAAUGGAUAGCAGUGGUCAAUGAAUGCACAGAUAAAGUGGUGAGAUAAAGUGAGCUACCCUUGAACAGGAUGGAUAGGACCUGAAUGUUUGUUUAAUUAUAUAACAAUGCAAUGUGCAUGGCCACUAAAUUAUUCACAAAGCACAGCAGCCUUUGCACUACUGUCAGCAUACUGGGCCAUAAGUAUGCUUGGCAAUGGUUCAUUUGUUGCUGUAUUGAAGAGAAUGUAACCUGCACUGCAAAAGGGAGUUUCUAUGUUACCAAUAUGCUGCAAACUCUAAGAAUCAAAGAUCUGUAUUGUUUAGCACCGACACAAAAAACAUAUCUACAGUACAUGACACUUGUCAUAAUAUGCAUCAUUUGUUAUUCACUUUGAACCUCUUUUGUAGAGUUAAAACUGUAUUUUUACUGUUUCAGGUCAUUUGUAUUUGUUUUAAGGCUACUCCUUUUGUUCACAGAAAUUGUUAAUAUUAUGGCAAACAUUGGUCCACACACAAAUGUGAUUUCCAAAUACAGCUUUUGUCUAUA